AUGGAAAAACAACUUGAAAAGGGAAUUUCGGCAAUUAAAAAAAUUGCUAAGAAAUAUGAAAGUGUAUUGAAAAAAAUAAACAAUGGAAAUGUUGUGAAAACAAUAAAUAAAAGAAAGAGGAUAAGAAACAGUAUAAAUACUAUAAAUAAUAUCCCCAAUAAUUUUGAAAAUAUAAAUACUAACAAAGAAGAUAAAAUAAAGAAACUGAGCAAUUACUUAAUUAAUCAAGAAAAUGAAUUGGAUUCACAGGAAAAUAUGUAUAUUUUUAAUAAAUACAAUGAAGCUUCAAAUAAAAUUUUAUAUAACCCUUUAAAUGAUAAUAGCUUAUAUAUUAUACAAAAGACAAGAAGAUUGGGAACAAGCAAUGAUUAUAAUAAUGAUAAAACCAAUGAUUACAUGGUUAAUGGUAGUUAUAUCGAUUCUAUAAAACUUUUGGAAUUGAAAAUUAAACAUGAAAUUCAACAAAAUAACGAUUUCUUAUUCUAUCAAAAACAAACCAAAUUAAAUGGAAAAAGUAAUGCGCAACCAAAAGGAACAUGGAAAGAAAUAAAUGAAAAAAAAAUAUAUAAUUUGAAUAAGCGUCUAAAACAUCAAACACUUAGCAAAUCAAAAAAAAAUAGUAAAAUAUUACUGAAUUAUAAGAAGAAUGUAAAACUGAGAACAGAAAGGGAAGUAAAAUUAAAGUGUAACAAUAAUAAUAGUUGUGAAAAGGAAUAUAGUGAUUUUUCUAAGGAUCAAUUAUAUAAGAAUAAUGUAUUAAACAAAAAUAUGGAAAUAAAACUAUGUGAAAAUGACAAUAAAAUAACUAAAGAAAUGGACAUAGAUGGGAAUGAUAACAUAACCAAACAAAUCAAUCCAAAAAAAAAUAAUGAUACAUUUGAAGAAAAUAAAAAGAAUACACAAAAAACAAAUAAUAUAUAUAAUAUCACCAAAAAGGGGGUAAAUGAUGUAUUCAAAAGUAGUGAUGGCAUUACUUUAAAAUACAAAAAUAACUUGGUAUUUGGGUUAACAAAAUUUGAAAAUAUAAAUGAUGCUACCCAAAAUGAAAUAAAUCAAAAGAGCGAAACUGAAAUAUAUACAUAUAAUAAUGGCCUCGAUACAAUUAAUGACAAUAUAGGAUAUAAUAAAACUGAUAAAAACAACGAAAUGUAUAUAAAUGAAUAUUUUAAAGAAUGCAUUAAUAAUAUCAAUAAUAAAACACCUUUAGGAAAAAAUAAUAUAGAUAAUGAUAAUCAAAAAGAUUUGAAAACAUAUGACAUACAAGAUGACAAAUCUUCACGCAAAAAAAUGACCACAGAAUUUAAUAUGUUUUUGAGUGAAAAUACACCUUUAAAGGAUGAAAACUCCUUUGAUUUAUUUUUUAAUGAACCAUUAGCAACACCAUCUAUAUUUCAUGCAUAA